GAAUGGCGGUGCAGGAAGUAGUUCGGACGCGGUUUAGUUCCGGCUGUAGCUGUGUGGAUCUGUUGAGUUUGAGCAGUAAUUUGAGUUUACAGCGCUUUUGUGCGCAGAAUAAUAAUAAUAAUAUGCGUUAGGUCCGUAAACAGCGGCCACUGGAUCUGAAACGGUUUCGUGUAUAAGCGAGCGAGCGGGCGGCUGGCUGGCGCCAUGUACCGAGGCUCUAGGCCGCACCGAGGAGCGUAUCAUCCUGCAGCGGGUCGCGGCUUUGCUCCCCGCGGCCCGCCUCCUGCCGGUUCGUUUCCUCGCGCUCCGUACCGUCACGAACACGCGCGAGGCAGCAACGGAUAUCCGCAUGACUACCGUCGGCACCCGGAGCAUCCGAGGAGGCGCUGCUCGUCGCCGGGGAGAGGCUCGGCGGAGGAGUUGAGAGGCGAUGGGCCUGCCCCGAGAGACUACGGCCAUAGAUAUACCCCUUCACCCCCACGUGGUGGUCUGCCUACUGACCAUAGUCUUGUGAUAACUGUGGGCAACGAGCUGACAGGUUUAUCCCAGAGCUCAGGAGCAGAGAUUCCCUAUACCAGAGACUAUUCUUCACAUCGGUCAAGCUAUGAAGGUUAUGAUGAAUAUAGUUCAAGAAGACACAGUCCUAGCCGACAUAGGAACAGGAGCUGCAGUCCAGAUCACAACAGAAGUCGUCCUCGCAGCAGGGCGCCAAGUCAAGAACAUAGAUCACGUAGUAGUAGUAGGACCCGGAGCAGUGGAAGGAGUAGAGCAGUGAACAGGGUGAGGAGCAAGAGUUGGCGGCGCAGCCGGAGCAGAGGAAGGAGCCGGAGCCACAGUGGUGGCAGUAGCUAUGGCAGCAGUGGCAGAAACAGCAAGAGAGAUAAAGAAGACUUUAGAGAGCUUGAGAGAGCUCGUCGACGUAAGGAGCUGGGGGACAUGCUGACAAUGCCUACUAAAUCCAUCUUGAAAAAAAGAAUUGACUCCUCUGAAACUGAUUCUCCAAUGAUAGGACAGUGGAAUUCAGGCAGUGGCCUUUCAAAGGAUGCGGAACAGUUACUAUGUACAGUGACUAAAAAAAUGGACCCAGACAUACUGGCAUCAGUGUUGGCUCUAAAUUCUAAUGCCAGUGCACUUGAAGAGCUCAUAAGCAAACUACAACCACCCAAAGAGAGUGGGCAUGGCUUUACUCUCCCUUAUGAAAGAAACAGCCAGCAGAAUUCAGACCUCACCCAGCUUCUCAGUGUGAAGGCAGAGACAGGAGGGCAAACACCAAACAAGAAGAAAAGCUUUAUGGAUAUUAAAGAUGAAGAGGAUGCCAGAUUCCCAGCAAAAGAAAUGUCUAAAUCUGGACAGCAUAGUUUAUUGGAUGUCUCUGAGAAAACUGGAUCUGAUGUGCUCCGUCAUGAUCGCCAUAGGAAAGGAUAUGGACAUUCUUAUAGACAUGGGCAUCCUGAAGAAGAUGAAAGUCGAAUAACCAAACAGAGCAAAUGUUCUUCAGUCUCACCUGGGCAGCAUCUCGAUGAGGAAUCUCGGAGUAACCAACCAGUAACUGGGUCUUAUUAUGCUAAAGUUAGGGCAGAAGUGGAGGAAUAUAAGAAAAUACAAGACCGUCUUAAGACGAAAAAAAGUAUCAGAGAGACAAAAGACAAAAGUUACUCUACAUCGCUUUCCCAAAUAUCCCAGUUUUCUCACCAGGAUUGUGACCAGGCAUCCACAAGUGAAGGCUCUCCAAACCAGUUUUCAGCUUCAAGGCAAAAGAGUAACCUUGCAACACAAAUGGAAAGGUUUCUUGGUGCUUUAAGUAAAGCAGAUUCAAAUUUAUUGUCCUCAAUGUUGAGGGAUGCUAGAAAAGAUUCUGGUUCACUGGAGAAUCCGAGGAUCCCACAAGAGCAGGCAAAUAGAAAAGCAUCUUGUAACAAAUACUGUGAUCUCUUGAAAAAAACAGACUGCAGCAAAGACAACUAUCACUUAAUGGGGAGCAAACAGAAUGUGAAUCCUAUAUUGGAACAAACUGAAAACACCCAAAAUAAUCUAUUACCACAUGAAAGAGCUGUGGUAGAUGGCAGUGGCUUUUCCAGAAUUGUUGGAAUGAAAUAUGGCUUUGAAGGGAAACCUGAGAAUCGGUUCCUUUAUGGAGAGGAAAUGCCUUCUAGUAGUCAAGGCAGACUUUUAGAAGAGCAUGAAAAUUUUUUGAAAGUGCGUGAUGAAUUUAAACAGUCGCAAGGUCGUUCCAGUGAUGAGCCGUAUGCAGAGGACAGAGAGAGGUACAAAAAACAAAAACCAUCUGAAAGUUACAGAGUAGAAGGCAGCCUUAGCCCAGUGCAUCAGAAAUCGGAGAAUGCUAAUGAAGAUGAGGACCAAAAAGCAAACCAGUAUCAAAAAAUUCAGGAUCUACUGCAAACCAUUGGUCUUAAUUUAGACAGAACAGAAGUUAGCAAGUUAUCUGCUAGGACAAAUGAGCGCCUGUAUGGCAAGAAGGUCAAACCCCAGAGUUCUCACUCUUUGGAUCCAAAAGAUGAACAAUCAAGAAGUAGGUAUGAUCGAAGAGGGAGCAGUCGUUCUGCUGAUUCUGAGGGUGUCUAUUCUGUAUCCCCUGCUAAAACCUCUAAUCGUGAGGUUUACAUGAGCUACUUGGAUUCCAUUAAGUAUCGCCGAGAUGAAGUCGCAGUCAAGGAGCUGGACCUUCUAGGCCUUAAAAGGACUAUUAGGAACAGUCCUGAAGCAAAACGGAUACAGGUCCAUACAUCGGACCCAUACGAAACCACACCAUCGGCAGAAGUCACACAUGACUCCUCCAAAACAAGCGCAGAACCCUCAUUGUCUUUAACUCAGUCUGUUGGUUUACAGUAUCCUCAAAUAUCCAGUGGAUACUCCUCAGCUGUACACCACCUUAAAAACGAGCAAGAUUCCUGGAAGUGUAGUUAUACUACAGGUGGAGAACAAAAUCCUUAUGGAUCAGUUGCUCUAAAUCCUCUGCAUUAUGGUCCUGGUUAUCUGAACCCACCCUCUCAUUUCCCAUCUGGUUAUGGGUAUUACACAGCAUUUUCCAGGCCUUCUUCCAUGAUGCCACCAAGUCCUGGUCAGUUCUAUCCGGCCCCCUCUACUUUUACCACACCGACAGUUGGUCUGUUGCCAGCUUGUCCUUAUGCACCCACUUCAGGUCAAUUUGGAUUUGCCAUGCAGCCUGGCAGCUCUGGUUAUGCCACCCAGCAGGCUAAGACAAAACCCAUUGCACGUAACCGGUGUCUCAAAACAAUAGAAACUGAGACGUCUGGAAGUGUAAAACCUUCUGCAGUCAAAGAAGUAUGUACUGUUAUUAGCAUACAGACAGAAAAUGAGCCGAAAAAUACUGACAAUGGUGUUGAAUCCCAAGUGAUACCCAUGAUGGAAGAUGACAUCAAAGCUAAACAAAAAAAAAGGCUGGAGCAGUUUAAUCAGAGAAUGAGACUGAAGAAGGAACAGCAAAUGGAAGCCCAGCGAACACGAGGACAAAGCCAGAAAUCAGAACCAGGAAAAGUUAUGCAAACAGAAGUAAAGAAUGUGUGGAUAUGUGGCCACUCCCUUGUGUUCUGGGCUGAGAAGAGGGCCACAUCUCCUGAAGUAGGUAUGCAGCUUGGUAUGGACCCCAAUAGUGUACGCAUAUGGUGGAAGGGUGUGCAGGGCAUGACAUGGCAACAGCUUCUGCCCCAGCUGCUCCAACUAAAGGACAACUGGCCCAAACCUGACGUGAUUCUUAUCCAUCUGGGCGGAAAUGAUAUUGGCAAGAUGACCCCAGAGAACUUUGUGUUAUCAGUGAAGAAAGACCUGAUUUCACUGAAGAGCAUUUUUCCUCAGUGCCACCUAGUUUGGUCAGACAUCCUGCCCCGCAAGUCCUGGAGGCACUCAAGUGACAGCACAGAAGUGAACAACAUGCGACAGGCGAUCAACAAAACAAUACGUGGUAUCAUAGCGGAGCUUGGCGGUUCUUCAUUGACUCAUGACAACAUAAUGCCUGGACUGGACUCUGGCCUCUACAGACCAGAUGGGGUUCACCUCUCUGGUAAAGGGAUCGAUACUUUUAAUUUGAACAUGCAAGACUUCCUUGAGAAGUGGGAAAGUGAGAAAUGAGACCGAGACUUCUGAAAGCUGAAAUUAUUUUUUAGGUUAUUAACAACUUAGUACUAUUUUUGCUUUCAGUAUCUCUUUUGUAUGAUGAAACUCGAUUGGGAAUUCAUUCUUGUAUCUCUUUUAAUGUUAAGGUUCAACACCAACCUAUGUUUGUCAUCUGAAUGCAACUGCAUGUUUUAUUAAAUGAGUUUAAAAACCAUUUGUUAAUGAUUGUCUGUUAAUGUUUACUCUUAUUUCUGUAAUUCUAUGUAGAUUUAGGGUUUUUUUUAAUUGAUUGUUGAACAGUAUGAAAACAAAUAAAAACAAUACUUGCCUCAACACUGUCUUGAGUGUACGGAGUCUUUCUUUUGAUAACCUAGUUCUGCCUUUGUUAACUCUUUUGGUUACAUUAUGUAGCAUGUAUAACGAUUGUUUAUAUACUCAGUCAGUUUUGUUUGUUGUCUAGCAAAUGCAGUUUUUUUUGUUAUUGUAUACAUCUUUGUACCAAAUUUCCUAACGCUGUUCUUCUGCACAUCUGUUCAAAAUGUGAUUUGUGCUCUGCCUCCUAUAG